AGGAGGUUAAAUGUUUGUAGUCUUUUCUCUUUUUGGUGCCUUGGGACACCAUAGCCAAGCAUGUCAAGCAAUGCCAUCUACUAAUUUUUUUUUUUUUCCUAACCUUUAUAUUAUGUACAUCCAUGAGGAACUGCUCAACCAUUGUUUUGUGUGUUAUUCUACAAAAUGCAUUGGUGUCCUCCAUACCGUGUGAUAUUUUUCACAAUGAAAGCUACUUCACAUUUCCUUGCUCUAACAUACAAUGCUCCUUGUAAUUGAGGAACCGCACUCUCUCAACCACAUCUUCUGAUAAUAUGCUCAAGAAAGGAGUGAGCAGAGCAGCAGACGGAAAAGCAGGAGAAGAAAUGCAGAUGGAAGUUGUAAGCUGCACCAAGCAGGCUAAGACUUUGACGGCACGGCAGCACAGAUCAUAUGUGGUGUUUCACCUGCCAGGCCUCCAGCAAUCUAUAUGUUCCAUGCAAAAACUAUCAGUAAGGAGGGUAGUGCUGCAAUCAGCAAUUCAAGCAGAGAAUACAGGUUGCCCGAGAGAAAGUCUUUGGCUUCUUGACCAUUAUCAUUCAUGCUGUUCUCAGUUGAAUGCUCUUCCUGUUGAUAGUGAUUAAAAAAUAAGCAUUCCAUUUCCCAUAUCCACAGUUCCUGACAAUGAGAACAAAGACAUACUCUGAGAAUGCUAGAAGGAACUUUGUAGGCCUUUUUUUAAAUCAAUCCUUCUUCU